CCGCCCAUCAUGACAACCAUGUCCAUUUGGCAGGUACACCAGAACUACCACCAGGACUCGAAGACCACCAUCAACCGCCAGGUCAACCUGGAGCUCUACACCUCCUACAUCUACCCACCCAUGUCUUGCUACUUUGACCUCAACGAUGUGGCUUUGAAGAACUUUGCCGAGUAUUUUCUUCACCAAUCUCAUAAGGAGAGGGAACAUGCUGAGAAACUGAUGAAGCUGCAGAACCAAUGAGGUGACUGAAUCUUCUUUUAGGAUAUCAAGACACCAGACUGUGAUGAUUGGGAGAAUGGGCUGAAUGCAAUGGAGUGUGAAUUACACUUGGAAAAAAGUGUGAAUCAGUCACUACUGGACUUGCACAAAUGGGACACUGAAAAAAAUGACCCUCAUUUGUGUGACUUCAUUGAGACUCACUACUUGAAUAAGCAGGUGAAAUCCAUCAGAGAAUUGGGUGACCACAUAACCAGCUUGCACAGGUUAGGGGUUCCUGAGUCUGGCAUGGCAGAGGAUCUCUUUGACAAGCACACCUGA